AGCGUUUGAAUUUAUUGCAAGUUGUUGAGUUGAGUUGAAGUGUGGUCUACUCUACUUUCUAGCUACUAUCCCCAUCUCUUUUCCUUUCUCAUCUCUCUUCACUCAACAGAGAAAACACCCUCUUAACUUCAUUCAUUCUCAAAGAGUGCUAUGGAGAAACCAAAUUCAACAACCCUAGCAAGAACAAAAUCAGACCAAUUAAUAGAAUCUAUGGCGGCGGCUUUAAAAUCGCCGCAAUCAAGUGACCACUCAUCCGGAAUGCCAGAUAGUGGUGGUGGUGGUGGCAGUGGUACGCUAUCAAGGAAGUCGAGCCGGAGGAUGAUGGUGGCGGCUUCCCCGGGGCGCGGCGGAGGAAAGAACACACACAUAAGGAAAUCAAGGAGUGCUCAAAUAAGCCAAAUGAAGUUUGAAUUGGAUGAUUUGAGCAGUGGUGCUGCACUUAGUAGAGCUUCAAGUGCAAGCUUAGGUUUCUCAUUCUCAUUCACUGGAUUCACUAUGCCACCUGAUGAAAUUGCUGAUUCUAAACCCUUCAGUGAUGAUGAUAUUCCUGAAGAUAUUGAAGCUGGAACUAAGACAAUAAAGUUUCAAACUGAGCCUACUAUUCCCAUCUAUCUUAAGUUCAAAGAUGUGAGCUACAAGGUAGUAAUGAAAGGCAUGACAACAAGUCAUGAAAAGGAUAUAUUGAAUGGGAUAAGUGGAUGUGUGAAUCCAGGUGAAGUCUUGGCUUUGAUGGGUCCCUCAGGCAGUGGAAAAACCACUCUUUUGAAUCUCUUAGGUGCUAGAAUAUGCCAUUCCACUAUCUCUGGUUCCAUCACUUACAAUGAUCAAUCAUAUUCCAAGUUCUUGAAGAGCAGGAUAGGAUUUGUGACACAAGAUGAUGUUCUGUUUCCUCACUUAACUGUCAAAGAAACAUUGACAUAUGCAGCCAGGCUUAGACUUCCAAAGACAUACACAAAGGAGCAAAAGGAAAAGAGAGCUCUUGAUGUCAUCUAUGAGCUUGGUUUGGAGAGGUGCCAAGACACAAUGAUUGGAGGUUCCUUUGUUCGUGGAGUAUCAGGUGGAGAGAGGAAGAGAGUUUGUAUUGGAAAUGAGAUCAUAAUCAACCCUUCUCUUCUUUUUCUUGAUGAACCAACUUCUGGUUUGGAUUCAACAACAGCAUUGAGAAUAGUUCAGAUGCUUCAAGACAUAGCAGAGGCUGGUAAAACAGUAGUGACAACAAUUCACCAACCAUCAAGUAGACUCUUUCACAAGUUUGACAAGUUGAUCCUUCUUGGAAAAGGCAGCUUGCUUUACUUUGGAAAAGCAUCUGAAGCAAUGAAUUACUUCCAAUCUAUAGGGUGUUCGCCUCUUAUUUCGAUGAAUCCGGCCGAGUUCUUGCUAGACCUUGCCAAUGGAAACAUCAAUGAUGUUUCUCUUCCAUCAGAGUUGGAGGACAGAGUUCAAAUGGGAACUGUAGAAUCUGAAAGACAUAGUGGCAAGCCAUCUCCAGCAGUUGUACAUGAGUAUUUGGUGGAGGCAUAUGAGUCUCGCGUCGCGGAAACAGAGAAGAAAAAGAUAAUGGCUCCUUCCCCUCUUGAUGAAGAAGUUAAGUCCAAAGUUCGUAGUUCUAAGAGGGAAUGGGGAGCAAGUUGGUAUGAGCAAUUCUCUAUAUUGUUCUGGAGAGGAAUCAAAGAAAGGAAGCAUGAUUAUUUCAGUUGGUUGAGAAUCACACAAGUUCUGUCCACUGCAAUCAUCUUGGGAUUACUUUGGUGGCAAUCAGAUACUAAGAACAUAAAAGAUCUGCAAGAUCAGGCUGGACUGCUCUUCUUUAUAGCAGUCUUCUGGGGAUUCUUCCCUGUAUUCACUGCAAUAUUCACAUUUCCUCAAGAGAGAGCAAUGCUGAGUAAGGAGCGAGCGGCCGAUAUGUACAGACUAAGUGCAUAUUUCUUGGCCAGAACCACAAGUGACCUUCCACUAGACUUGAUAUUACCAGUACUAUUUCUCCUUGUUGUGUACUUCAUGGCUGGUUUGAGACUCAGUGCUACUCCCUUUGUCCUCACCAUCCUCACUGUUUUCCUCUGCAUUGUGGCGGCUCAGGGACUUGGACUUGCUAUUGGAGCAACACUCAUGGAUUUGAAAAGGGCAACAACUUUGGCUUCAGUAACUGUCAUGACUUUCAUGCUGGCUGGAGGGUUCUUUGUGCAGAGAGUUCCCAUAUUCAUUUCUUGGAUCCGGUACAUGUCUUUCAAUUACCACACCUACAAACUGCUGCUAAAGGUGCAAUAUGAACACCUAACUCCAGUUGUAAAUGGGAUCAAAAUUGACAGUGGUUUGACAGAGGUUGCUGCUCUAAUAGCCAUGGUUUUCGGCUACCGGUUCUUGGCUUAUCUUUCCUUGCGGCGGAUGAAGCUUCAAUCCGGAGCAUGAGAUCAUUGAUCCAAGCAUAACAAGAAGUAGCCUGGAUUGGAAGAAAGUGCUUCCAUUUUGCAUGAAGAGUGAUAUUGGAUGAAUGCUCAAAUUGUAAAGAGGAAUACAUUGAUGUGUUACUGUCCAAAGUUGUAUAUAUUGAUUCUAAUUUAGCAUGUUCACAACACCAAAAAUGCAUGCUAUAUUUUAUCAUAGGCACAUCAAUGUCUGUAGAAUUCAGGUUUUUUUUUUUUUGGAAACUGUUUUAAGUCUGAAAAUGUUAAAUAGACUGAAACUUGUGACUAAUGUAGUAGAAUUAGAGGAGUGUUAACUGUUUGUUGCUACACUUAGUCAAAGUUUCAAACCAAAAGCAUAGCUAUAAUUUGGUCAUAAGUUUAGGUCCUUUCACAAUAAAUUUGGAUAGAAUUUAUGUACAUGAACUAUUUUUGUAGAAUUUAACUUGAUAGGUUAACUAAUUGAGUCUUUUCUCUUUCUUUCUUCGUUCCUUUUCCUUUGAUGG